UGUGAGCUGUCCAGUGCUGAAUGUGAGGCACCGUCUCUGGCUCCCUUUUUUUUUUUAGAACACAAGACUGUCAACGCACAAAGGGAGUGAGCCCCCUUGUUCCUCUGCAACAUGCCCCGCUCCUUCUUAGUCAAGAAGAUAAAAUUAGAUGACUUUUCGACGAGCGGGAUUUCGGCCUCCAGUUACCACCACUUUGACGAACCCUGUGUCCUGAGCCAGUCGCUCACCAGCACCGUGGGCAGCUUGGGAGUCCCUGUUGCUGAAGAUGGCUUUGUACCGCACUGCAUUUCAUCACCUGACGACUACCAAGAUGAGAAAAAGAGCGGGGACAAGUUCUCAUCCUCCGAGGCUGAAUAUACACCGAACCACGACGACUACAGCGAGCCCGACAGCCCCCAGUCCAGUCUGUCCGCAGGUUAUUUCAGCGGCGAAGCGGCCGUCACGGACAGCUACUCAAUAGACGCUUUCUUCAUCACAGACGGACGCUCAAGAAGAGGCGUUGAAACCAGCCGUGGAAACCAGCGUCACACGUGCAGCGAAUGUGGUAAAACCUACGCCACCUCUUCCAACCUCAGCCGGCACAAGCAAACCCACCGGAGCCUGGACAGUAAGAUGGCAAGGAAAUGCCCUACGUGUGGAAAAACCUAUGUUUCUAUGCCAGCCCUGGCCAUGCAUCUUCUCACACACAAUCUGAAACACAAGUGUGACGUGUGUGGCAAGGCCUUCAGCCGCCCGUGGCUCCUACAAGGCCACAUGCGAUCUCACACGGGCGAAAAACCCUUUGGCUGUGCCCACUGUGGGAAAGCCUUUGCCGACCGAUCCAACCUUCGCGCGCACAUGCAGACGCACUCGGCUUUUAAACAUUACAAGUGCAAACGAUGCGAGAAGACCUUCGCUCUCAAGUCAUAUCUUAACAAACAUUAUGAGUCAGCUUGUUUCAAGGGCUCCGAUCAUGAGUGUGAUCUACAGAGUUAAACUCCACGCUCGAGGAGAAGGACGGUACACAAAGAAACGAGGCACACGAAAUUGUGCCAACCCACUCUUAUUAAUGGCACAACACACCAGAAACUCAAAAA